AUGCACUGCUACUUGUACCGUUCCCGUGCUAGCCAGACGCGGGGUGAGUUUUCAGCCGUCAUUGCUGAUUGCACAUACGUGCUGGAUCGUUGUCCAGAGAACGUUUUUGCUCGACUUCGAAGAGUAGAUGCAUACGAGCAACAACGUGACUUCCUUAUGGCUCUCAAGGAUAUUCGGGAGCUUGCGGCGAUCAAUCUGGAGUAUGAAGAUGCGCAUGCCCGCCUGCAAUCUCUUGAGCACAAAUGCCGACUUCUUCCUGGUGCAUCUCAGCACAAGAGUGUUGGAAUUGGUCUGUGA